UAGCCUUGAGAAAAACGAUGGUUCGAGCUCACAAGCAAGCCUGGGUUUGGCAAGAUGAGUGGUGGGGACUCACUAUUAAAGACAUCCGAGAAAUUGAGCGUCAAACUCAAGAAGCUCUAGCUGCAAAGAUGGCGCACGCAAAUGAGCUUGAAGGCGAUGGUCCGAAAAGUCCUUUGCCUACACCGACGUUGAAAGAAUCUCCUGUAGAUGUUUCUGAACCGGCUCCGGAAGAAAAUCCUGGCACUUCGAUUACGGAUGUCGCACGACUUGUUCUUCGGGUUCCCGAUAGAAGGCCGUCACGAGGAAGCCGUAACCUUGAAGAAGACGUUCUCACUGCGAGAAUGGAAAGCAUUGCUCACGACUCCGAUCAAGGAUCAGAUGCCAGUGAUGAAUUCUACGAUGCCAAGGAUGAGUUUUCGGAAACACUGUCGCUAACUAAGUGGAACUCGAUGGAACUUGUUCCUGACGGGGACAACGUGCAAUGUUCGGGUCCGAGUUGCCCGAAAAGAGAAGGUUAUGUCUUACAAGGAUCACCAAUUGUUGGAAGAGAGGAAUUGACGGCGAAAUACGAGAGGCAAAUAUCAUCAAGAAGUGCUGAUUCGUAUUUAUCACAUGGCGUUUCCCCUGUGCCACCGAAUUGUUCAACUGUAUGUCUGGUUUUGGUGUUCCAUGGUGGAAGUGUUCUUGAUGUAAGUGCGGAGAUGUCGUCGAAAAAGUCGGAUGUUACUACAUUCCGUGGGGCAUUCGAGUCCGUGAUGAGACAACAUUAUCCGUGCCUUGUUGGACGCGUUGUCGUUCAACUCGUUCCGUGUCCUGCAAUGUGCUCUGAAGCCCUCGGAUUAUUUUCCAGUUUAAAUGUAAGUGCGGAGAUGUCGUCGAAAAAGUCGGAUGUUACUACAUUCCGUGGGGCAUUCGAGUCCGUGAUGAGACAACAUUAUCCGUGCCUUGUUGGACGCGUUGUCGUUCAACUCGUUCCGUGUCCUGCAAUGUGCUCUGAAGCCCUCGGAUUAUUUUCCAGUUUAAGUCCGUAUUCCUUCGACGUGUCGCCAACCGCCAGCGAUGGUAACGUUUCCAUCACCCGAGACGCCAUUCCCAUCGGCGCCGUGCCGCUUUUCAUGACCAAUUCGCCGGAAUAUCACGAUGCAGUCUCCAGAGUCAUUUCACGAGCCAAUUCAGUCUAUCACGAAUUUUUGCGGAGUGAGGAAGGAGUCGGUUUUAGUGGCCAAGUUGUGAUUGUGGGAGAUUCCGCGGGAGCUAUUUUUGCCUACGAUGCUCUUGAGGAAGGAGUCGGUUUUAGUGGCCAAGUUGUGAUUGUGGGAGAUUCCGCGGGAGCUAUUUUUGCCUACGAUGCUCUGUGCGGACAUGACCGGCCUGAGAAACGACUGAGUUCGGAGAGCAUUGAUAAGGAUGGACUUCAUGAGCAGCAACACUCAAAGGUGCACGCUAACGUGAGUUGGUACUAUAAUGUGUUGGAAUCGGUUUCGGAGAGCGAGGCCUGGGAACCGGGAAGGAAACCAAGUUGUCAGAAAAGUUUUUCUGACAUUCCCACGUUGUCCGGAUGUGGUGUUGGUGACGGAGAUGGUCAUCACGCUCCGUUAAAAGCAUUCCUAUCGGCUCCUGCUCCCAGGAGCUACUCGAUUUCAAGUAGCUGCGACAGUCAAGCUGGUCAGCUGGAUUUUGAAGUAUCCAGCUUCUUUCUUAUGGGAUCUCCUUUGUCGAUAAUUUUGGCAUUCCGUCGGAUUCAAAACUCUGAGGACAGGAACGGUAUGCCACCGCGUCCUGCUUGCGGUCAGAUUUACAAUCUUUUCCAUCCUGCUAAUCCGGUGGCCUCGAGAAUUGAGCCACUUUUGGCGACACGUUUUGCUCAGCUGCCGCCAAUACCGAUUCCGCGGUAUUCAAAAUAUCCGAUGGGCGAUGGAACGCCGACUAUUCUUUUGGAAUAUUUGCGGAGUGCGACGUUUCUCUUGUCCUGGGGUUCUGGCUCAUCCGCCGAAGGUGGUUUUCAGUGCACUUCUUCCCUGAGACAUCGGAGGAUCUCAGAUUCCAUUGGAGCUGUGCCGGCGACGACAAAUCCUGAUUUUGCUGCGAUCAGUGCAAUCACUGCCAUUUCACAAAAAUGGUGGGGCAACAAAAGAAUUGAUUACGCGCUGUACUGUCCGGAAGGAUUGGCAUCGUUUCCCACCGUUGCACUUCCCCAUCUUUUCCACGCCUCGUACUGGGAAUCCCACGACGUGAUCGCCUUUAUUUUGCGUCAACUGGUUCACGCAGAUCCUUCGGCUGAUUCCGGAGACGAGAGAGAAACGAAGGUUUUUAGCCCGUGUCAACCUCGGGAACAAUGGCUCAAGAAGAGAACGAUUGUAAAAAUUAAGAAUUGUAGUGCGAAUCAUCGUGGCAAUGAUGUGAUUGUAGCUGAUGGAAUGAACCAGGUGCUAACGGCGAAGUUUGCCUAUGGACCGCUUGAUGUCGUUGCCUUGACAGGAGAACGUGUUGAUAUUCAUGCGAUGGCGGAUCCUGCUGUCGGCGAAUGGAUUCUCCUCGGAACUGAAACGACGGACAAAAAUGGUCGUAUCAAAUUUACUGUUCCUGAAGAUCAUAGCUUUGGUUAUGGUCUACAUCCUAUCAAAAUGGUUGUCAGAGGAGAUCAUACUUGUGCGGAUAUGCACUUGGCUGUGGUGCCGAAAGAAACGGAAUGUGUGGUGUUCAGCAUAGACGGUUCUUUCACUGCGAGUGUUUCGGUCACUGCGAAAGAUCCGAAAGUUAGACCUGGUGCUGUGGAUGUCGUAAGACACUGGCAAGAGCAAGGCUAUUUGAUAAUUUACAUCACCGGUCGUCCGGACAUGCAGCAAAGAAGAGUCGUUUCCUGGUUGGCGCAGCAUAAUUUUCCCCACGGAUUGCUUUCAUUUGCAGACGGAGUUUCGAAGGAAUUUUUAACUCACAAAGCCGAAUAUCUCUCUCAUCUAGUCAAGGAUGUCGGAUUGGUUGUCCAUGCCGGUUACGGUAGCAGCAAAGACGUGGUUGUUUACCAGUCUGUGGGACUGAAGCCGGAACAGAUUCAUAUUGUGGGCAAAGUUUCGAAGAAGCAGGCUCAUGCCUGCAACAAUUUAAGCGAAGGAUAUGCUGUGCAUUUGAAUGCCUUGAUGGCUCCUGGAGGUUCCAGACCAGCUCAGGGUAACGCGAGGAUGCUGAUACCCAGAGGAUUCUUUUCAUUCCCCGGACAAGUCACCCGUUUGAACCGCAGAAGCCGAUCAGUUAGGCGCACACCAUCUUUCCCUGGCACAUCUGCUCCCACAACACCGGUUCCGUCGUCUGUGCAUCAUUCUCCCAAAAACAGGUUAUUCAUGAGAAUGUAAUUAAAAUUGGAAAAGCACAAAAGACCAGCUCUAUUCAUACGCCCGGAUGUUUGAAUUUUCGCAAGCGAACUUCGGGAUGAUCUCCGUAAAGUUGGACGUUUGGUUGGCAACUUGUAGUAUUUCUGCGUGCAAACUUUGCGAAGGCAUGAAUAGCCUCUCACGGUCGCUGUUGUUCCCCUCGAUAUACUGUAUGGCAUUAAACGUUUAUUUCAACGCUGAAAGGGUAAACCUGUAAUUUUCAACUGAAGGUUGAUGUUGAAUGUUUUAAUGCAUGUGAAAUAUUUCAAUUUAAAACUUUGUUCUACUGAUUUACGCAUUUUCCUCGAAAUAGUCGGUUUGAAUGCGUCAGAUCAGCAUUCUGAAUGUAUGCAAUAAGUCAAUUUAAUGACAUGUUUGCCACUUUUUGUGAAGAAUCUGCGGCCGAAUAAUAUACUGUAUUGAAAUCAACGCUUUGGAAAAAGUUUGAAAAGGAAUCGAUUACCUGAGUAUCAGAAAAUUUUUGGUUAGAAAUUUUUGAUGGGCGAACUGAACUAAAACUCAAUCUGGACUUGAAUUAUUCUUGCGUAAUCCGUUAUGAAAAAUGUGCAGCAGAUGGAUGAUACGAAGGGUGGUUCACAAUUUUUGUCACAUUUUCUUCUUCCCUUCCUGAAUUUAUGAAGAUGGAUGCUGUGAGGCUUAAUCUUCGUUAAUUGAGUAAACUUCAUUUCAUUUUGGCAAAAAUGAAAUUGGGAUAGGAAACGACGAGGUCGAGCUGUAUGAGGAAAUAAGAUUCACCGUGAAUAUUUUAUGAAUUUCCCGGUGGUCUGAAUAGCUUCGAGUAAUCUCAAAUAUUCCCCCUGACUGAAUUUUCGAAAAAGUUUAAAUUUUAUUGUGUGCUGGUAUUGAAUUAAAUCCCGAAGCAGCUAUAUAUAAAGGCUUUCUUUACGUAUUUUAUCAAUUCAGACCUUCAGGGUUCUGGAAUAUUCUGCUUUUACAAGAAAGAAAAAAUUGUUAACCCAAACGUAUUCGUUCCAAGGUACUGCCAAAAUUUAUGAACCAUCCUUCGAUUCUUUAUAAAUUUCAAAAAUAAUGUGAUGAAAAACUUCGUCUUCAAUAAGAAAAAUUUCGAAUCAAGAAUUGUUUCUUAGAAUAGCCCGCGCUUUCGAAAUGCAGCAUUUAACUGAGGACGGUUUCUUUGUUCUGCACUCUCGAGAAAACUCCGCGUUUCUUUGUUCGCGAUAAAUCAAUGGGAAUAGGAAUCGAUAAUGGAACCUGAGUUAGUAUUCCUUGAUAUAUGGUCCUUAUUUUGCGUAUACAGCUUCCCGGAGAGAUUGCGCCUGAUACAGAUGCGGCUUGAAGUGUCGAAGCUCUUUCGUCUUGGUUCAACGUUUGCUUCUCCCGAGUUGAAAAGAAGGUUUGAUUUGUUAGUUUUUGCAGUUUUGGUUUGGUUUAUUGCUGCAUGUGAUUUUCUCCCCGUUUGCGUAGUUUCACAUGAUCGUAGUCUGGAACCUCUUUGGAUGCCGACGGACUGCUAAAUCCUUGUUUAGCAUCCGAACUGCUUGUGUCUUGCUUAGAUCCUUUCGCACCAAGUUGGAGGAAUCGAAAAGUCUGUAUCCGAUUAAGCCUGAAGGUGAAACUUCGUGCGACAGGUGAAUCGACGAUGAGCAGUUCGUGGCAUUUUCCUCUCGUGUUUUUGAUCUCACCUGAAGUUGCAUGAGAAAACCCAAGUUACCCAUGCAUUUUUGAAGCAGUGAUUUUUGAGAUUGGUAAGCUUGAGCUGAGUUUUUGAAGGGAUUUGUAACCUGCAGAAUUACGAGCAUUUAUAUAGAGCUUGCAGCAUGGCAUCUUGGUUACACCCGUGAUCGAGGCCGUUGAUUGAUGUGGUGAAAGAUUCCCGGAAAUACAGGCUCUGCAUAUUCUGACGAA